AUUGUAAAAUUAAAUUUUUCAGAUAACUCUAAAAUGUGAAAACAAAGUAAGGAUCUGCAAGGAGAGGGGAAUUGGAAAAAAGGACUGAUGAAGGUUAAAAAUGCUGCUGUUUCUGAUCAUAUCUUCAAUAUUAGUUCCAACCUUAGCAACUGAAAACUCUCUCAACCUCAAGGUUCUAAGUUUAAAUGUUUGGGGACUACAAUCCCAUGCCCUUCUUGUUAAAGAGAGAAUCAGAGAGAUAGCAGAUUAUAUUCAGAGAUCUGAUUACGCUGUUAUUGUACUCCAAGAACUAUGGAUGCUGGAUGAUCAUGACAUUAUCAGGAAUGCUACGGAAGAAAUAUAUCAUACUACUGGGUUUUAUCAACUCAGCGGUGAUAGAUGUGAUGGUGUGUGGUCCCCUCUAGGUUGCUCAGGUUUAGCAAUACUAUCCAAAUAUCCAAUCAUUUCAACUGAUUUCACUCCUUUCAGUGUGGCAGGGUCUUAUUUUAUCCUGGACGGAGAAAUUUUAGUUUCUAAAGGAAUAGGUAGAGCGCGAAUUCAACCUACAACAAAAAUGAGUAUAGAUAUAUUUACAUCUCAUACUGCAGCAUUUCCGUACAAUAAAUACUACAGAGAAACACAAGUGACAGAGUUAAUGGAAGCUGUUUUAACUUCAGAUGCUGAGUUUAUCAUUUUAGGAGGAGAUAUCAAUUAUGAUUUUAGAAAUAUGUCUGAAGCUUCAUACCAGCUGAUCACUAAUCAUAUGCAAGAUUCAUUCUCAAAAUCACUGGAUUCUUCUGGAAUACAGACAGAUUGCCACGUGGUAACGACAGCUGAAUCCAAGAUGGAGGAUUUACAGCGGAUAAAUGAGGUGAUUGAUGAGGGUAAAAGACUGUUAAAUGAUAUUGAUAAAGAUAUUGAGACGCUUGAUAAGAUUACAAGUAAUGAUCUGGAAGACUAUCAGGAUUUGGUCUCUUCCAUUGUAAAUCUAGAACCAAGAGAAACCUCGCAGACCUUGAAAAACACAUACAGGGACGCCUCUUAUGACCCUGAGAUCCUUGACUAUAUAUUCUAUAGAACCCGUUCUGGAUCUGAAAAUAGAGUUAAAGUUCUACACAGAGAAGUUUUAGAUCUUAGAGCUCAGAUAUUGAUUGAGCAUACUUCUGAGUCUUGUUUACUGUUAUUUGGUUGGGCUCAACCAUGCGCUGGGUGCGCAGAUGCCGUACAAGAGAAGCAAACCAUACUGGAAUCAAUUUGUAAAUCAACAAAAACUGCUCAAUUAAGUUUGAGUGACCACGAAGGAGUGAUGGUUAAUUAUAUUCUGUCACUAAAUCAGUUCUGCAAACCAAAUCAUUAUUUUGCACAGUUCUUGCAAGCUAAACUCUAGCAAAAUAUCGCAAAAUAAUUUUAAAUGUAUUUUAGAUUUAAUAAAUGUUUUAUCUCUUGUAAA